AACACCGCGCUCCAAAACUUUCACCACAAGAUAAAGUUUGGAGAACGGGAGCAAUUACAGACAGAUUGUGAGAGGUGGGGUAGAUGGUACUGUUACAAGUGGCACCAAACCGGUCAAGAUAUUGCUGAGGAAACAAAACUGACCCAUCUUUCAGAUUUUAUUUAAAUUCAGUCGAACUUUUUUGUGGACCUGUCUUUUUUCUUUUUUUUAAGAAAAAAUAACUUGUAAAUUAUUUAAAUUGCAUGGUUUGGAAAGAUGGCGGCAUUGCAUUUGGGGUUCCUGCUUGUUUUCUUAAUAUUGCAGCACAUCCCCAGGGGCUUUUUGGUGACAGUCCAGACUGAAAACGGCAAGGUGGAAGUUGAGGAGUUUGGAGAGACAGUGCUGUCCUGCAAGUACCAGGUGGAGAAAGACCCCAACCCCAGAGUGGAAUGGAAGAAGAUCAGAAACCGGGACGUCUCCUUUGUGUACUACGAAGGGAAGAUUGUGGGGGGUUUCCAGGGCCGCGCGGUGAUGGAGGGAGCAAGUAUCCGGAUCAAGAAAGCCAUGCUGCUGGAUUCGGGGGAGUACCGCUGCGAGGUGUCGGCCCGACAGGACAGCCGUCCACUCGGAGAGGCCACUGUCUCCCUGACUGUGCUGGUGCCCCCUGACGUGCCCUCCUGUGGGAUCCCCAGCUCUGUUCUGACUGGGACGGUGGUGGAGCUGACAUGCCGGGACAGGCAGGGUACCCCACCCUCACUAUACCGCUGGUACAAGGACGGGGUCGCCCUCCCAACCACCCCUGCACAGGACCCCCUUUUCGCCAACUCCUCCUACACACUGAACAGCAGCUCUGGGACCCUGCAGUUCAACACAGUGUCGAAGGGAGACGCCGGGCAGUACCAGUGUGAGGCCUCCAAUGGCGUGGGGGAGCCCCAGCGAUGCGCUGCCAAGUUCAUGCAGAUUGAUGACAUGAAUGUGUCGGGGAUCGUGGCUGCUGUGGUGGUGGUGUCCCUGGUGGUCUCGAUGUGUGGGCUGGGGGUCUUCUUCGCACACCGCCAAGGAUACUUCAACAGGGGACAUGGGCGAUCAUUUUGGAUCCCCCAAUACGAAGACAUUGUUCAGAUCAGCAACCAAAACCUCAAAACAGUUGAAACAAAUGGAUCAAGCGAGUACUGUACUGCUCCUCAAGAUUAUUCCCAGGAUUUCAAACAUACCCAGUCCUUCAUGCUGUGAGGAGCCAAAAGGAGCCCUUUCCAAGAGCCUCUGUGAGGACAACCCAGGACAGUCGACUACCUUCCCCCAUGUUCCCAGGACUGAGACCAUACCCUCCUCCCUGUCCUGAUAUGUGAACCAUGAACUGGACUGAACAAGGGAAUCCCCUGCCUUGCUGUCAGGCUGCAGACAUGUGAAUGUUUCUUUAUUAUCACCAUUGUAUUCCAACAGGAGUUUCCUUUGGAGGAUGUAUUCCAGCUGUGAUGGAGAAUCUGCAGGCUCCCUGACUCCUGUGGCAGCAGCGUGCUGCUGUUUUUAUAUUGUAUAAUUAUGUUGCCUGGUAUCUCCAUCAUCAAUUCCCUUCUAUCUACUUAACUCCUAGGUUACACUGCCAUCUAGUUGUAUGAAGGUCCACCUACAACAAUUACCCUUAAUCCACCUGAAGAGCUUGAAUUACCUUUUCAAUAUUCUUGGAGACCACUACAAGUGGAAUAGAAGUUCAACUACAGCAUUGCAACAAAACCUAGUAGAACACAGAAAUGACUUUCUUUUUAUAUGGCUACCUUUUUAUUGUGUGUUCUUAUUUUUAUUAACUGAACCAUUUAAUUUAAAUACUGUCUCUUCUCAGAUGUUUUAUUUCAUAAUUGCUCAUAGAGCCAAUCAGAGGUAUUGAGAUGUACCCCAUAAAUAUACCAUUGUAUUUUAAUUAGGAACCUGUUUGUGUUGUCAGAGUAACUGCUUCUGCUUGGAGUGCCUCUUGUAUUGUUCUGUGAUGUAUACGCUGCAAUUAUAUUACUUUGCACAGACUUUUUUUGUGAAAUGUAAAUUAAACUUUUUGGUUUUCUUAUAUAA